GAUGGAGUUCAUGUGAAUGAUUUAUGCUUUUCAUUUCCUAACUCUUUGCAUAGAGAUACUCGUGAAAGCCCAAUAUCACAAAGUUUGCCAAAUUAUGUUAGUGAUUCAGAUGAUGGGAAUGGUAUAUUUGAAUCACCAAAACUGCCAAGUUAUGUUAGUGAUUCAGAUGAUGAGAAUGGUAUAUUUACUUGAUACCAUCAAUCCUUUUCCCACUCUAUAAUUUUAGAACACUGUUGAACUGGUUUUUAUAUUGAUGGUUUGUUUGCAGGCAAUUAAAUGUGUAGGUGAUUUGAUGGUCUGUCUAUUACCAUGAGGUGAUGAUGGACCAGCUUCAAAUGAAAUGCUUUAUUGGAGCUCAGUGGCUAUACUAAUGGAUGGAUAAAAGUUGGAUUAAUCUCCAUUGGAGUAAUCCAAAAUAUGAGGAGGGUGUCCGCCAGUUUCUUGACUUUGCAUUUAAUGGUCAUGAAGAAGGAAAGGCACUUCGAUGUCCAUGUGAAAAAUGCCAUAAUGAUACAUUUCUAACAAGAAAGGUUCUCUAUAAACACUUGAUGGCUAAUCACUUCGACAAAGCGUAUGUGGAAUGGUAUCAUCACGGUGAGUCAUUUUACCAUGAAUAUGAUGCAGAGAGUGAUUAUGAUAUGCAUGAAUUUGAAGAGGAGAGUGAUUAUGAUAUGCAUGAAUAUGAAGGAAUGCAAGAAAUGCUACAUGAUAUUGGAUGUGCUUAUAACAUCAAUGAUGGAUCAGAUGAACCUAUUGGGACUAGUUCAAGCAAUGUGAAUAAGGAAGCUGCGGAGUUUUAUAGACUUUUGAAGGAGGCAGACAAAGAACUAUAUCCCAAUUGUCAGCACUUCUCUCGCCUAUCUUUCAUCGCGCAACUAAUGAACAUUAAAAUCCUUUAUGGAUUAAGUGGGAGAGCAGUUGAUGCAAUUUUAGAAUUAUUGACUAAAGUUCUUCCAAAGGGCAACAAGGAUAGAAUUAAGAGAUUGUACAUGUCACCUAAAACGGCAUCAGAAAUGAUAUGGCACGAAAAAAAGCGUCCUGAUGAUGGAUUUAUGAGACAUCCAGCAGACUCUUUGGCUUGGAAAAGUUUUAACUCUCAGCAUCCUUCUUUUUCUGCAGAUCCACGUAACAUACGACUUGGGCUUGCUAGUGAUGGUUUCAAUCCUUUUGGAAAUAUGAGCACGUCUUACAGUAUAUGGCCAGUGGUUUUGGUGAAUUAUAACCUACCCCCUUGGAUGGGUAUGAAAGAUUCAUAUCUUAUGUUGCCUAUGCUUAUUCCUGGUCCUAAAGCUCCAGGAAAUGACAUUGAUGUAUACCUUCAACCUUUGAUAGAUGAAUUGAAGGACCUAUGGGAAAAUGGAGUGGAGGUGUAUGAUGCGGCAUCAAAAUCUAACUUUAAUGUGCGGGUAGCUUUGAUGUGGACGACUAGUGACCUUCCGGGUCUUGCUAUAUUAUCAGGAUAUAGUACAAAAGGUAAAUUUGGAUGUCCAACUUGCAAGACUGAGACUUGUUCAUUAAGGCUUCGAAAUGGUCAUAAAACAUGUUACUUGGGUCAUCGUCGUUUUCUUCCACUGGACCAUCCUUGGCGUGAAGAUGCAAAUGCUUUUGAUGGAACAAUAGAACAUCGUCAUGCACCUAAAGAGUUGACGGGAAAAGAUGUUGUGGAACAAUAUAAGUUGUUCAAUCAGGUGACAUUUGGCAAAACAAAGAAACAAAAAAAGGGCAGGAAACAUUACCAGAUGAAUGUUAAGGGGAAGACAAAGGAUACUAUUAAUACCCGUUUUGAUCUAGAGCUUAUGGGUAUUCGUCCUGAACUCUAUGCAAAAUCAGAAGGCGAUAAUAAGUUGAAGUCAUUUGUUAAGAAUACUGCUCAUGUAGAAGGAUCAAUUGCUGAGGCUUAUACUGUUCAUGAAGCUGUGAUGUUUUGCUCAUUAUAUAUGCCUGAAGUUGAGACAAUACUAAAUCGUGUUGGAAGAAAUUAUGAGGGGGUGGAUGAAUCAACUACCUCGAAGCUUCAAAUUUUUAAAUGUAUUGGGAGGCCAUUACGAGGAAACAAAUAUGAGGAGUUGAGCUUCAUGGAAUGGGAUCAAGCUCGAAGCUAUGUGCUUCAUAAUUGUGAGGAUAUACAUGAGUUUAUAAAUCAAGCGGAACAGGUGUACUAUGUGCCAGAUACAAAAGAUUCAAAUUGGCAUGUUGUGAUCAAGACAAAACCUCGUGAUUUUUAUGAUUUUCCUCCUGAUGAAGAUGCAGUUGAGUCAUAUCAUGAAAAUGAGGAGAUUGGGCAUAUACAACAAGAUGCCUUGGUGUGUGAUAAUGAUCCUAUUUUGAAUCGAUUAGAAAUAGAAAAUGUUGAUGUUGAACAAAGGCCAAUAACUGAUGACCUGUUGAUAGAAGAUGAAGAUGAAGAUGUAGAAGAUGAAACUGACUAUGAGGAUGAUCUUAUUUUUAGUGAAGAAGAAGGGGGGCCUCCACCAGAAGAUACAGAUGCGAAACUUGACGUUGGGAUAGUUUUUGAAGUUAUUUUGGACCCAAGCGUCCGCCUCGGCUUGGCUGUCGGCAAUGCGUUCCAGAUCUUCGUUGGCAACGCCAAGCAUAAGCUCGAUGUCGAAGCCACCGAGGGCUCCGAGAGGAUCACCGUCCGAACGGUACAGUCUCAAUCUUUGGAUGUUGUAUUGGUUGUAGAGAGCUUUGACUUCUUGCUUGGAUGUGAGAAGGCACAAAAGGUUGCUGAAGCUGUUCCAUAAACAGCAAAGGGGUCUAAAUAAAGAAUAAUGCUCGGUUGAGUGUGCUACGCUGCUGGAGCUACUUGAUAAGCAGCAGCAAGGGGAGUAUGAAGACCAUAUGAGGAAGGUUGUUUUUUUAUUGUGGUUUUUGAUUUUUUACAAUUAUGAUUGCUGGUUUGGCCAAUAUUGAGCUUAGUUGGUGUUUAAUAUUUGUAAUUAGACAAGAGUACCCUUUGUACUCCAUAUAAUAAAAAUUUUAAUUUUGC